AUGACUGAAAACAGAUCAAGAAGUGAUUUACCUGAGAAAAGCAACGAAAUAAAAACAUUGCAUUCAAAUAUAGGUAAUCUAACUAAUCUGGAAAUCCUGUUACUUGAAAGAAACAGGCUGACUCUGUUGCCACCAGAAAUAUCCUUGCUUCGUAAACUGAUGGUAUUGAAUGUCAGUCACAAGCAGUUAUGUUUCCCUAAAGAACUGUCAAAGCAUGUAAAUACUAAGAAACUCUUUUUCCACUACAACAUUGAUUAAUUUCCUUUUGCAUUGGAAAGCCUUGAAACUUUACAGGUUCUCUGCUACCUUGCUCAUCUAGUAAAACUAAGAAUAUGUAAGAACUUGAUUCAGAGUUUACCAAAGGAUAUUAAAAAGCUUAAGAAACUACAAGAAUUUUCAAUUAGUAACAAUAAGCUUAUAUUUUCACCUGUGCAGCUUUUCCUGUUGACAAAACUAAAAGUACUCAGAGUUGAUGAUAACAAUUUGGAGUUUCUUGCAGAUAAAGUGGAGAAUUUAUGAGAACUUAGACAUCUCAGUAUACAUAAUAAUCAGUUAACCCAGCUUCUUGCUAAUAUUCACAGCAAACAUUUAAAGGAGUUUUCUUUAAGUAGAUACCAACUGGACUCACUGGAUGAACAAAUAUUGCAUUUAAAAGACCUCUCCAAAAUAGAGUUUCUUAGUGGCAACACUGUUUCAGAAAUAAUACCUGGAAUUUCUGACAGUAAAGAUCUGGAGCAUCUAGAAUUAAACAGUGUCCUCGCUUUCUACAUGCUUGUGCAGCCUUACAAAACUGAACUGUGUUCUUUAAAGUGUUUGAAAACACUCGACAUUUCAACUAAUCAGAUAAAGAGUAUUCCUUUACAGAUUAGGAAUCUGGAAGUGAUCAAAGACCUAAAUGUAUCAAACAUUCAGUUUUUCACUAAAAUUCCAGAGGAGCUAUCUAAACUGGUUUGCCUCAGGGAACUGGACUUACCUCACAGUGCAUUAAAGGAAAUUCCAGACAGCAUAGGGGAAUUGGAAUAUUUGGUCUGUUUAAUUGCAAAUAAUAAUGACAUCAGCCAGCUCUUCAAAUCUAUUACAUCACUAAGAAAUUUACAGCAGCUUGACCUGAGUG